AUGGCGGACGGUGAAGAUAUUCAGCCGCUCGUUUGCGAUAACGGGACUGGAAUGGUCAAGGCCGGUUUCGCAGGAGAUGAUGCUCCAAGAGCUGUAUUCCCAAGUAUCGUUGGCCGUCCACGUCACACGGGAGUGAUGGUUGGGAUGGGACAAAAAGAUGCAUACGUUGGAGACGAGGCACAGUCGAAACGUGGUAUCUUGACUCUCAAGUAUCCGAUCGAGCAUGGUAUCGUCAACAAUUGGGAUGACAUGGAGAAGAUUUGGCAUCACACUUUCUACAACGAGCUUCGUGUCGCCCCCGAAGAACACCCGGUUCUGCUUACCGAAGCGCCUCUCAAUCCCAAGGCGAAUCGUGAGAAGAUGACUCAGAUCAUGUUUGAAACGUUCAACACUCCUGCUAUGUAUGUCGCCAUUCAAGCUGUUCUCUCCCUCUAUGCCAGUGGCCGUACUACUGGUAUUGUUUUGGACUCUGGAGAUGGUGUGAGCCACACGGUUCCCAUCUACGAAGGUUAUGCUCUUCCACACGCAAUCCUGCGUCUCGACCUUGCAGGCCGUGACCUAACCGACCACCUCAUGAAAAUCCUGACCGAGCGUGGUUACUCCUUCACCACAACUGCUGAGCGUGAGAUCGUCAGAGACAUGAAGGAGAAGCUCUCUUACAUUGCCUUGGACUACGAGCAAGAGCUCCAGACUUCCGUAACCAGCUCAUCUGUCGAGAAGAGCUUCGAGCUGCCCGAUGGUCAAGUGAUAACCAUCGGGGCAGAGCGUUUCAGGUGCCCUGAAGUCCUGUUCCAGCCAUCCAUGAUAGGGAUGGAAAAUCCGGGGAUCCAUGAAACUACUUACAACUCAAUCAUGAAAUGUGAUGUGGAUAUCAGGAAGGAUCUUUAUGGUAACAUUGUCCUUAGUGGUGGAACCACAAUGUUCGGUGGGAUUGGUGAUCGGAUGAGUAAAGAGAUCACCGCCUUGGCUCCGAGCAGUAUGAAGAUCAAAGUUGUGGCUCCACCGGAAAGGAAGUACAGUGUUUGGAUCGGUGGCUCUAUCUUGGCUUCCCUCAGCACUUUCCAGCAGAUGUGGAUUGCGAAAGCCGAGUAUGACGAAUCUGGACCAUCCAUUGUCCACAGGAAGUGCUUCUGA